AUGGAAUCUACCUUUUCGAACUGCUGCCGGACAGCACGACAGUUACUGCCGAGGUCUUCUACGCUCAACUGCAAAGACUGGCCUCAAGAUCCGCAAGGAGCACCCGGAGCUCAACAAGAUUCGCCUGCUGCACGAUACAUCGCGAAGAAGACUUCCCAGAAAAUUCUGGAGCUCGGAUGGGAAGUUCUACCGCACCCACCGUACAGCCCGGACCUGGCCCCGAGCGACCACCUCUUCCGAUCGCUUCAGCAUCACCUGGAAGAGAAGCGCUACGAUGAUCGUGACCACCUCGAAAAUGACCUUCGUGCUUUCUUCGCCUCCAAGUCGCCGGAGUUCUACGCCAAAGGAAUCCGUGAUCUUGUGAGACGUUGGCAGAAGGUUGUCGAUGUUGAUCGUCGAAUAAUAAAAUGUUGUUAA